AACACAUCCACUUCAACUCUACACAUAGCAGAAAUUUCUCAUCUCCUCUUCCGCUUUGGCUACACGCCAUGACGAAUAAUGCCCCGCCGCAGGCGCAGCCAAACCAAGACGGCGACCAUGUAUCCCUCACCACCCCCUUGCUGUCCCGCCACCGAUCCACUCCCAACUCCUCUUCUCAGGUUGCCAUCGUUGGCGCCAACAUCUGUCCCAUCGAGAGCCUCGACUACGAGAUUGUGGAGAAUGAUUUCUUCAGGCAAGACUGGAGAGCCCGCGGAAGCAUCCAUAUUUUCCAGUACAUAUUUAUGAAGUGGCUGCUGUGUUUCUUGAUUGGCAUUAUUGUUAGUCUCAUCGGCUUCUUCAACAAUCUCGCCGUCGAGAAUAUUGCAGGCAUCAAGUUCGUGGUCACCUCGAACAUGAUGUUGAUGGGCAGGUAUGGGAUGGCAUUUCUGGUGUUCUCUGUUUCCAAUCUGGUUCUUACGUUCUUUGCCGCUAGUCUCACGGCCUUCGCCGCGCCAGUAGCCGCUGGUUCCGGUAUUCCGGAAGUGAAGGCCUACUUGAAUGGGGUUGAUGCGCCCGGAAUUCUAUCCUUUCGAACUUUAGUUGUUAAGAUUUUUGGAAACAUCACAGCAGUUUCUUCAUCUCUGCUGGUUGGAAAGGCGGGGCCUAUGGUUCAUACUGGUGCUUGUGUUGCAUCAUUGAUGGGACAGGGUGGUUCAAAAAAAUUUAGCAUGACAUGGAAAUGGUUAGGUUACUUUAAGAAUGAUCGAGACCAGCGAGAUCUUAUAACAUGUGGAUCAGCUGCUGGAAUUGCUGCAGCUUUCCGUGCUCCAGUUGGUGGUGUGCUGUUUGCUCUUGAAGAAAUGGCAUCUUGGUGGAGAAGUGCCCUUUUAUGGAGAGCUUUCUUCACAACGGCUGUUGUUGCAAUUGUGCUUCGGGGUCUAAUUGAUGUUUGUUUAAGCGGCAAAUGUGGACUAUUUGGAAAAGGGGGUUUAAUAAUGUUUGACGUCUAUUCAAAAAGUGUUUCAUAUCACCUGACGGAUGUUCCUUCUGUGCUUCUUCUUGGAGUCAUAGGAGGUGUCUUGGGAAGUUUAUAUAAUUUUAUUUUAGAUAAGGUUCUCCGAUUUUACAACCAAAUUAAAAAGAAGGGCUUUGUCUAUAAAAUCUUUCUUGCUUGCUUCAUCUCCAUUUUCACAUCCUGUCUUCUUUUUGGAUUACCAUGGCUUGCAUCUUGCCAACCAUGCCCAUUUGAUGCAGCAGAAGCCUGUCCUACAAUUGGCCGAUCUGGUAACUACAAGAAAUUCCAAUGCCCUCCUGAUCACUACAAUGAUUUGGCUAGCCUUAUUUUUAACACAAAUGAUGAUGCUAUCAGAAAUCUUUUCAGCAAGAAUACCAAUUCUGAGUUUCAGUACUCAUCAAUUCUCAUUUUCUUUGUCACUUGCUUCUUUCUGAGUAUUUUUAGCUGUGGGAUUGUGGCUCCAGUGGGUCUUUUUGUACCUGUUAUAGUCACAGGAGCAUCCUAUGGGCGCUUUGUUGGAAUGUUAGUUGGUUCAAACUCAAAUCUCAAUCAUGGUCUUUAUGCAGUGCUUGGUGCUACUUCGUUUCUUGGUGGAUCUAUGAGGAUGACAGUUUCUUUAUGUGUUAUUAUCCUAGAACUCACCAAUAAUCUUCUAUUGUUGCCCUUGAUAAUGCUGGUUCUCCUUGUUUCCAAGACUGUAGCUGAUACGUUCAAUGGGAACAUAUAUGACCUUAUUAUGAAAGCCAAGGGUUUUCCUUACCUAGAAGCUCAUGCUGAACCUUACAUGAGACAGCUAACAGUUGGUGAUGUAGUGACUGGUCCACUACAGAUCUUUCAUGGAAUUGAGAAGGUUGGUAAGAUAGUACAUGUUCUUAAAACUACAAGGCACAAUGGGUUCCCUGUAGUUGAUGAGCCUUCAGUUUCUCAAUCAGCAGUUUUGUAUGGUUUAAUCCUUCGUGAACAUCUUAUUGUAUUGUUAAAGAAGAGAGCUUUUUUGUCCACUUCUGUGCCAACAGGCGAUCAUGCUUUAAGACCAUUCUCAGCUGAGGAUUUUGCAAAGAAGAGUUCAGGUAACUCUGACAAGAUUGAAGAUAUAGAAUUAACAGAGGAAGAGAUGGAGAUGUUCUUGGAUUUACAUCCAUUUACUAACACCUCACCAUAUACUGUUGUGGAGACCAUGUCACUAGCUAAGGCUCUUGUACUAUUCCGUGAAAUUGGUUUGAGGCACCUACUUGUGAUACCCAAGAUCCCCAGCAUUUCACCAGUCGUUGGUAUAUUGACAAGGCAUGAUUUCAUGCCAGAACACGUGCUAGGUUUGCAGCCAUUGCUAAUAACGAGUAGAUGGAAAAGAUUAAGGAUUCGGUUUCCCAAUUUAUUAAAGCUUUUGGGAUCUCAUGCGGGAUGAGAAUUUGUCAUGCCAGAUAUAUAACUGUAAAUGGUCCUAUUUAGCUGCCGAAUGUUGUUGUAAAAUUGCUCAAGUAUUAGCAUCAUUCUUCAACUUCCUCAGUUCAAAGCAGAAGAUAACAAAAUAAUGACAAUAUGGUACUCUCUGGGGCUGUAUUGUAGCAUUCUUUUGCUGGGAUGAGGUAGGUAGAAUUUCUGUAGAUCACUAUCGUUUACGAAUUUCGUUGUAAGUUCUGACAUGGAGCCUCUAAGAUUAUCCAUUACAAUAAAUUUAAGUUUUAAAC